AUGUUUGUUGACCAAAUUUUAGCGCAGAUUAAGGAUGAACACUACCUUAAAUGGCCUAGGCCGUUACACUCGUCACCCAACGUGCAUGACAAGAGAAAAUACUGCCGUUUCCACAAGGAUCACAUACAUUACAUAGAGGACAACAGAGACUUGAAAGAGCAGAUAGAAGAACUCAUACAAAAAGGGAAUUUGCAGAAAUUCGUAAAUAAGGGAGGUUCCAGUAGAUCCAGGGACGAUAACAAGGGUCAAUGCGAAGCUUUUCAGAGGGACAAAGAUCACAUACCCCUCCAUCCACCAAGUACCAUAGGGGAGAUAAAGACAAUCACAAGAGGAUCGUCUACAGGGGGAUCAUUCAAGUCCCUCAGGAAGUCAUACCAGAGGCAAGUGAACAACAUUCAUAAGAUGCCACCUCUGAAGCAAAGGCGGACGGACCAAGAUAUUCUAUUCUCGGAGGAAGAUGCCAGAGGAGUGAAACAGCUUCAUGAUGACCCAUUGGUUAUUAUGCUCAUGAUUGAAGGAUUUAAUACCAUAAGGGUUUUGGUAGACAACGGGAGCUCAGCAGAUAUCACUUACCUCUCUACCUUCUAG